AUGUCUCAAGAUCGUCAUCCAUAUUAUAAUAAUUAUUCUUCUGGUGGCUAUUAUUCAUCACGAGGAGGUGGAAGAGAUGAUCGAUAUUAUAAUAGUUCCGAUCAUCCUUCUUCGUACCGCCAUCAUCAUCAACACGAUAGAAGUGGCAGUAAUUAUUAUUCUUCUUCUUCCUCUCAUUAUCAAUCAUCACCAUCAUCGGAUUCCAGGGAUCAUUAUUCCCAACAACAACAAUACAAUAACUACAACCGACCACCCUCCUAUACUUCACCUUCCUCCUCCUCAAGAAUAUCAACUCCUCCAUCCGCGUCGUCGCCAUCAUCAUCAUCAACUCCAUCCAAUAUCUCACCCUUCCGACAAAGCAGCUCUGCUCAUGACUAUGAUGAUACGGCUUCACCUCCAAGAAGCCCUUCUCAAUCAUCGGCUUCAUCAGGUGGCUCAAAAAUUCGUGAAAUGUCAUACGAAGAGAGGGUUAGUACUUUCAAGAAAAUGUUAGAUGAUUGUAAAGUUCAAACAGAUGAUGACUGGUCUCGUGCAAUGAAAAGAGUUGGCAACGACCCGAGAGUUAAGCUCAUUAAAAGGGUACAAGAUAGACAGGACAUAUUCUACAAGUACAUUUCCGAGAAAAAAGAAAAGGAAAGAGAAGCCAACCGUGAAAGGAGAAGAAAAUUGAAAGAAGAUUUCAUGAAUAUGCUUUCUGAGCUGAAAUCAACAAUUUUUGCAAAUCCAAAAUCAUAUCUUUCAACAACGUAUCAACAAGUCUUACCUAAAAUUGAGAACGAUCACAGAUUUUUGAAUGUCGAACAUGAGGACGACCGAUUGGAUUACUUUUAUUCAUUUCUUGAUGAAUUGGAGCGAAAAGAUAAAGAUUCUAUCAAACAAGAACGAAAGAAAAAUAUGGCAAACUUUCACGAUUUACUAUGCAAGAAACAAGAGCAAGGCUUGAUUAAUUAUAGAAGUUUGUGGAGGCAAAUUAAGGAUAAAAUACAAAAUGAAGGCGAGUAUAAGGCUUUAGAUUAUUGUGAUCGAUUGAUGGUAUGGGAAAGCUUUAUUUCGAAUCUCGAACUCGAGCAUUACAACAAGAAAAAACAAAAACGAGAGGAAAAGCAACGUCUUCUCAAGGAACAAGCUGACAAAUUUUGGCAAUUUCUUAUCGAGCUCAAACAGAAACGCAUGCUCAACGUGUUGAGUGCUUGGAAAGAAGUGAAACCAUUGCUAGAAGAUGAUGAACGGUAUCAAUCUAUUGCGAGUCAAAUGGUCGAAUUACCACCAUAUUCUCCAAGGCAUCAUGGCGGAGAUUCGAAUUCUCCUCGAUUAAUUGAAAAACCUAGGAAGCUUUUCGACGACUAUAUUGAACAUUUAGUAGACUUGUACAAGAAUGACAAGAAAACCUUCAGAAAAAUUAUCAAGGACUUGAAUGUUGAAAUUGAUGAAAAUUCAACUUUUGAAAAUUUCAAAACUAUUAUUGAAAAGGACGAACGAACGAAAAGCAUUGAUCCAGACAAUUUAUCCAUACUUUUCGAGGAAGCUGUCGAUAAGGCAAAAAAGAAGAGAAAACGCUCGACCAUGGAUGAUGGUGAUUAUCCACCUCUCGUCGGCACUGAUUUCACAACACACGAAUUUCAGCCGCCACCUCCACCACCUCCUCCACUCGAAGAUAAUUAUGAAAAAUCUCCCAAACAUCUCAAGACUGAUUGA